UGUGGCCGCUGCGGGAGAGCGGCGGACUGGGGCCGAGCAUGGCGCUGCCGUUGCUGGGCGAUCUCUGGGCCGAGGCCCCCAUGGAGAGCCGGAUUUUCUGCUCGGUGCUGCUCUUCUCUUGGGCUGUCUAUCUAUGGGAGGCGCUGCUCGCCUGGCGGCAGAGGACUGUGUAUAGGACCACCACCCAUGUUCCACUGGAAUUAGGACCAAUCAUGGACUCGGAAACAUUUGAAAAAUCCCGUCUUUAUCAACUGGAUAAAAGUGCUUUCAGCUUUUGGUCGGGGCUUUACUCGGAGAUAGAGGGCACAGUGAUCCUUCUGUGUGGAGGCAUCCCUUUCCUCUGGUCGGUAUCUGGAGAUAUCUCUCAUCGUGCUGGUUUUGGGCCUGAAUAUGAGAUCGUUCAGUCACUGGUGUUCUUGCUGCUUGCUACGCUCUUCAGCGCGGUCACGGGUCUGCCCUGGAGCCUGUAUAAUACUUUUGUCAUCGAGGAAAAACAUGGCUUCAAUCAGCAGACGUUGGGAUUCUUUUUUAAAGAUGCGAUCAAGAAGUUCAUUGUGACUCAGUGUAUCCUUUUGCCAGUGACCUCGCUUCUGCUUUACAUCAUUAAAAUAGGUGGAGACUAUUUCUUCAUUUACGCAUGGCUGUUCACUUUAGUUGUUUCUUUGGUUCUCGUCACCAUCUAUGCAGACUACAUUGCUCCGUUGUUCGACAAAUUCAUUCCGCUCCCCGAGGGGGAGCUCAAGCAGCAGAUCGAGGCGAUGGCCAAGAACAUCGACUUUCCGUUGACCAAAGUUUACGUCGUGGAAGGUUCCAAGCGGUCCUCCCAUAGCAAUGCUUAUUUCUACGGCUUCUUCAAGAAUAAGCGUAUCGUGCUCUUUGACACUCUCUUGGAGGAUUAUUCUGCCCUUAACAAAGAGCGCUCUGAGGAGCCUGGAUCCGAGGCGCAGGCGGCUGGGGGAAACGAGGAAGAUGCAGAGGCCAAGGCUAAAGCCAAAAAUAAGAAGCAAGGUUGCAAAAAUGAAGAAGUCUUGGCUGUGCUGGGCCAUGAGCUGGGCCAUUGGAAACUUGGCCACACUAUUAAAAAUAUUGUCAUCAGCCAGAUGAAUUCCUUCUUGUGUUUCUUCUUAUUUGCGGUCUUGAUUGGUCGAAAGGAGCUCUUUGCUGCUUUUGGAUUCUAUGAUACCCAGCCUACCCUGAUAGGCCUGUUGAUCAUCUUUCAGUUCAUCUUCUCACCUUACAACGAGGUUCUCUCCUUUUGUUUAACUGUAUUAAGCAGGCGAUUUGAAUUUCAAGCGGAUGCAUUUGCCAAGGGUCUCGGAAAGGCUAAAGACUUGUAUUCUGCACUGAUCAAGCUGAACAAAGAUAACCUGGGAUUCCCUGUUUCAGACUGGUUGUUCUCAAUGUGGCAUUAUUCUCACCCUCCACUGUUAGAAAGACUUCAAGCACUGAAGGAAUCUAAGCAAGACUGAAUGAAAUAACUGUUGGCUCGGCGAAGGAGCUUUCAUCCCCAAAUCAAGUUUCAUGUUUUUUGUGUGUUUUUUAAACCCAAGUGCAUAUUCAUUCCAUUCCUGAGCACACCACUCUGCAUAGCAACAGGCGCUGUUCACCUGAUUUGAAAUUAGCCCUUAAAAACCCUGUAUCCUACUAACACGUUAAUUUGAAAGAGAAAUACCUUGGGACUGAACUGGGGUGGAAUGUAAUGUAGAAUGUUUAUCUUGAUCAGAAAGCAGCUCUUGAGGGGAAAGUUAAUUUGUCACAACCCAAAGUGUCCAUGCUUGAAUUUGAAAGCUUUGAAUGUGACUUUUGUACCUUUUAAGCACUUUGCCUGGGUGUUCUUAUAUGGUAAACUUCUAGCUUUCCUACCUCAUCCAUGUGGCAAUGGAAGAAGAACCUAGAAAAUUACUUCCCCCCCUCUGCCCCCUUUGACCAUUGGGAUUCAAGCAUCUAAACAUGCCUUCCCCAACCCAGCAUCCUAAGCAGGUGUUGGAGUAUAGUUCCCAUCAUCCCCAUGUGGGACACUCAUUUGUCCUGCUGGCUGGGGAUGGGGUGGUGGUUCUAGUCCAACAUACCUGGAGGGUACCAGGUUUGGGAAGGCUGAAGCAAACCAAACACUGUCUGGACUGAAAGUGAAUUUUCUUCCUUAGGUUCAAGUGCAUCCUUGCAAUGAAUGAAAAAGGCUUUUUACAGAGAUAAUAAAGUCACCUCUUUCCCUGAAUGGGAAACAGAGAAUAAAAUGCAGCUGAUAAACUGUCUUGA